AUGAUAUUUUUCAGAGGAAAGCGUUUUCUAUACAGAGUCAUACUACUUCAUGUUCUGUUUGUUCAAGUAAAUAAUACUAAGUACAAAUACCUGGGGUGUUACACGGCCAGCAGAGAUGGCGUCGGUGAUCUUUCAGGAAUGUCCUGGUACCAGAAGGAUUUCAAAGUUGAGAACUGCAUUGGCAGUUGUCAGAGCAAGGGUUAUCCGUACGCGGGUGGUCAGCUUGGUGCUACUUGUUCAUGUGGCUCCACUUAUGGACAAUUAGGAAAGUCUAUCUACCAAACGCUGAACUACAGUAGAAUAUACAAGUUUUAUAACGAUGCUAAAAUAUUUGAUGAAGCCAGGAAGACUUGUGUGAUAUCAAACGGUGAGAUACCAUCGUUGGAUACAAGUGACAAGACAAGCGCUCUCCUGUUAGCAGUUCAGGACGCUACUGCAAACUCAUACAACAAUAGUUUGUUCGUGUGGCUUGGCUUGAAGAGGAGACUCAUUGGUCAGUCGCUGGAAUGGACGGAUGCAUAUCUCAAAGAUUAUGACCUUACAUCAUCAGAUAGCGGCAACCAGACGGGUGAUCAGCAGCAGGAUAGCAGCAGCAACGAUAUUUUGGAUUCUGCCAGCGACCCCAUAGUGUUGUACAUAGUCCUUCCAUUGUUUGCGUUAUGCUACGGAGGAUCGUGUGUUGCAUUUUGUGCUUAUAAAAUCUACAUCAACUGUUUCGACAUCAGAAAAAAAAAGAAACCGCAAAAAAUUGAAGUUUCGAAAGUUACCACUGAAACUAUUAGAAGAAAGAUGUCAACUAUAUACAGAGAUUACAAGCUGGAUGAUUUGGAGCCAUGUUGCAGCAGCAGUCUCACUGAUGCGCCACUCAUUUCAAAAAAAUCUGUUGAUUAUUUAGCACCUCCCAUGCACACACCCUUUUCAAAAUCAUUUACCAAGUCCUUCGCUGAAUUUCAACCUCACAAAUAUUUUGGAAGUGUCAGUAAAGAAGACAAGCUUGAAAACGAACAAAUAUCUAAAAUAUCCAAAUCGGCAUUCUUCAAUCCUAAAAGAUUGACGAAACUAAAAAUCGGAAUGAUUGAUGACGUCAUAAAAAGUAGUUCAGGUUUCAAUACUGAAAAAAACUUUAAAGAACAACAUCCAAAUAGUAGCAAAGCACGAGACGAAUCCCUUUUUAUGCAUGAUUAUCUGAAGCAGCAGGAAAGAUCGCAGCUAGAAAAACAUUUGAAAAAAUCAAAGUUUCCGAAAUCCACUGAGAAAAAUGUUUCCGAUGUAGCAAAGCAUCAGUUGAUGGCUCCAGGCCAGUGGGAACAGGAUUCAUUCGCACAGCAAAAGGAACAGCAACAUCUGAUCCCGCAAAACGAAGGUGUGGCUAUUUCUGAAAUUUUAAAGAAUAAAAUGAAACGACAAAUGGUGUUAAAGAAAUUGCGUAUAUUUGAAAAAAAAUAA